AUGGCGACGGGUCCGGCUACUCAAUCGCUGAAGUGCGUGGUGACAGGUGACGGUGCAGUGGGCAAAACAUGUCUUCUAAUCUCGUAUACGACGAACGCUUUCCCCGGAGAGUACAUUCCGACCGUGUUGGUGCCCCUCCAUUUACUCGGGUUCCAAAACGAGUCAUCACUAAUCUCGAGUGGCAGCUUUGACAACUACACGGCCAGUGUGAUGGUGGAUGGCCGGCCCAUCAGCCUGGGACUGUGGGAUACCGCCGGACAAGAAGAUUACGACCGCCUCAGACCGCUAUCUUACCCGCAAACCGACGUCUUUUUGAUCUGUUUCUCCAUCGUCAGCCCGCCGUCCUUCGAUAACGUCAAAGCCAAGUGGUACCCGGAGAUCGAGCACCACGCUCCCAGCGUCCCUAUCAUUCUCGUCGGCACCAAGCUGGACCUGCGCGAUGAUCGCGCGACCACCGAGACCCUCCGCGCACGGAAGAUGGAACCCGUCUCGUACGAGCAGGCCCUGGCCGCGGCCAAGGAGAUCCGCGCCCACAAGUACCUCGAGUGCUCGGCUCUGACGCAGCGCAACCUGAAGAGCGUGUUUGACGAAGCCAUCCGGGCCGUCCUCAAUCCUCGUCCCGCUACGAAAUCUGGGAGAAGGGGAGUCAACAAAUGCAAGAUCUUGUAG